UGCCGCCUAUCUUAUCACUAGCGCCACCUACAGCGCUGCUACGCCGACUCAACAUCAAGCCCAAGCGAGGGAGGGGUCAGGUUCGCUACCGCCGCCGCGACGGACGGUCACGGUUUUGGCGCGCUUCGCUAUGUUCUUUAAUAAAUAGUUUGUUACCUUGCUACUCUCGCCUCAGCCUUCAUGCCUCAGCCAUCACGCCCAGCCCUCACAUCUGGCGCAGUCGACGCCCGAGCCUUUGUGCAGCCACUCAGCCACGCAAGAAUGCAAGCGCAUCAGUAAGCAAGCGAGCCAGCCUUCGCCCCGCGACAGCCGUUCCGCCAUUCCUUUCUUUGUCACCGCCAGAGCAUUUCCCGCCGUCCGCUCGCUUCCAUGUGCGCGCCUGCGUGCGCUUGCUGGUGGACUCACUGAGUAAGAGUGUGCUUCGUGCGUAAACGUCAGCGUGUAGCCGGCUCGGCGCAACGCCAUGCCGGGAAUUGUGUGGCAGAAUCUCGACCCGGUGACCAUGUCGCGCCUCGGCGUCGACCUCAUACGCGAAGAAUUGGCCCGCCGACAGCUGGACAUCACGGGUUCGAAAGAGGAGCUCUUUCAGCGUUUGCAAGCCGACAUUCAGCAGCAGCGUGAAGCUACCCCCUCGGUUGAAACGAAUGAAUCCGCCUCGACCGCUGCGGCGCCUUUAACGCUGGACCCAGCCACUCUGCAGAGCCUCGCCAUGCUGUUCCAGCAGCUACCUCGCCCUGCAACAACGGUGACGACACUGCCAGACCUGUCAUCGUCCAUUCCGCAAUUUGCUGGUUUGCACAGCCACAGUGUCAAUACAUGGCUUGACGACGUGCGACGAGUACAGCAGCUCGCCUCGUGGGACGACGCCACCACACGCCUGAUCGCAGCUAGCAAGCUGAAAGGCACGGCGCGAGACUGGCAUCUCGCGUUCGGCAACCAGUACAGCACCUGGGCCACGUGGAGUGCCGCCCUGAAAGACACAUUUUGUACAGAAUUGUCCCUCAUCGAGUGGCAAGAGCAGGUCAUGAGGGUAACCCAGGCCCCGUCCGAAAGCUUGCACCAAUAUGCCUUUGCCAAGUUGAAGAUCAUUGAGCGUUGCCCCGUUCACCUCUCGGAGGCCCAAAAGAUUGACUACCUGCUGCAUGGUUUACGGGAACAACACAUCCUCGCCGCCAUAGCAGCCAACCGGCCUCCCACGGUAGCUGAGUUUAUUUCUACCUGCACUAGCCUCGACAAGAGUGCGCAACAUCUGCACGCCAAAGCAAGCCCGUCACCAUUUGCCAUUUCUGUGUUGCCGCCGACGCAACCCUUUCGUGCCGCUAAGCCCGCAGAGCGACAGCAGCCUCGCUCAGAACAAUCGACACCACAGUCCUCCCGAGGGGCCACACCAAAAACGCGCAUUUCAGAGCUGCCCACCGAGCAACAAGAAGCUACUUAUGCAGCUAUUUCGGCACAGUACGGCGCUCCAGCUUUUCGUAGUGGUCAAGACCUGUCUCAAGCUGUCUGCUACCAAUGUCAUGCCUUGGGUCAUCUGGCAUCCAAGUGCCCUACGCGCACCAGCCGCUUAUCAUCAUCAGCGCCUCCAACCAUGCCAAAGACACAGCAGCCUCCAGCACUGCACAGUGCACCCGUUACACUUGACGGCUCACAGCAACAAUGCCCCUUCUUCAACGCAACUCUCAGUGGAGUCGGUGAAUGUGAAGCGUUUCCUGACUCUGGGUCCAAGGUGACAUUAAUAUCUAAAGCUCGUGUGCCUGCAAGCAUGAUCAUCCCAUGGACCGAGCCUCCACUCGUGGUGGUAGGAGGAAGCACAGUGCUACCUGUUGGUGCUGCAUUUUGA